AUGGAUUGGAAACCAGCAAAGCAGAGAAAAUUAAUCAUGCCCUUUACAGAAGAAAAGCAAAGAAAGUCUCUACUUGGCCCUAAGAGUCCUCCCCAAUCAUUGGUAGUAUCAAGAAGGUCAGGAUUUCAAGAUGGUUCCGCACAUCAAACAAAACCAGUUCAGAAAAAUGAUAGCAAAUCAAAACUAGCUAACUACGAAUCAAAUAGUACAAACAAUUUCUACCUUACAUCGCCAUACAAGACAAAGAGACCUAUCAGUGCUCCAUCACGUCAGCUAAGAUGUCAACAAUUUUCUUCUUCAAAACUGUACUUUACCGGAAAGGCCUCCCAGAUUUUUAAACAGAAAACACAUAUACUCAGAGUAACUGCUUACAAAAAUGGUGUAAUAAAUAUAUUUGCCAAAGUAACUGUGCCACCUUCCAUUAAAUUGCUGCUGGAGGAAUGCACUGAAAAACUGAAGCUGAAUAUGGCUGCCCGAAGAAUCUUCUUGGCAGACGGCACUGAAGUCCUGAGUGCUAUAGACAUACCCCAUGAUGCUGACGUUUAUAUUUCAACUGGAGAGCCCUUUUCAAAUCCAUUCAAAAAAAUCAAAGACCAUCUGUUGUUAAUGAAGAAUGCAACUUGGACACUGAAUGGUCUCAUUUUUCCUAGAGAUGUCAAGAGAAGAAAAGCUGAGCCUGGACUUUCCAAACGUAUGAAGAAACUUAUAGAAAAACCUAUGAUCAGACUUUUGGUGUUUAAGAACUGCAUGGGACAGGAUGGUUAUGAAAUAGCAGCAUCUCCAAACGAAAUUGAAAAGUUUUUAGAUAUUUGUACCAUGCGACUGAACCUUACUUCACCAGCAAAGUAUAUAUACAAUAUGCAUGGCGAAAAAAAGGAAGAUCUCCUAAAUGUUCCUAUUCUUGAGAAAUGUCUUCAAAAUUCCAUCACACCUUUAUGGGGACCUCUUUGGGUUUCUAAAGGAGAAGGCUUUAGCCCCACUGGAGCCAAGAUAUAUAUCCAAGGAGUAUUGUUGGCCUUGUACCAGCGAUUAAAAUCUGCAAAAAACUACUGUGAUCAGCUGGAUUUUGCCACUGAUGGCCAGAAAGAGAAGAUAACAGACAAGAGCAUUUUAUCAAUGAAGAAGCAAGAAAUUCUCUUAGAACAACACAAAGUGCACAACUUGAUUGAUGAAUUGCAGGCAGUCAUCAAGAGCUACAAAGGUCACCUUUCUAAACUUGCCCCUCAGUUACAGGCUGAGCAGGAACAAUGUGCUUCUUAUGUCUACCAACAUAUUAAAGAACUCCCUACUUUUCCUUCACAAGGGCUGCAGUUAAAGGUGUAUGAAAAUGGCAAAGAUACUGGAGAGACACUUGUUUACAUCAGUAGAAAAGAAAUGGAAAGCAAUUAUGGAGAUCAGCCUGGUGUUAUACUGGAGAAGGUACGGCACAUGAUUCAUCAGAGGCUCCAGCUUUCAGCAGAUUUCAAACCAUCAGGCCUUAGUCAUUUUCCUACGCAUCUUUUCGAUGAGACUGGGCAAGAAAUUAAAAACCCUCUUUUACUGCAGAAUGAGCAAAAAAUUUGGGUUUCUUAUGGGGAAGAUUACAGGUCUCCCUUAAAUCCUGUUCUGAGUUUGACCUUUGACAAAGUGACAGCAACAAAAAAGAAUGGCAUCACAGUUAUUUAUAAAACACUUCUGGAUCCCAGUGUUGAUUUGCUACCUAGAUACGACAGUUGGGAGGCUUGUGAUGGAUUUCCAGAGAAUUUUCAAUUCAUUAAGGCUCCAGAACAUCAGGUCUUGGAGACUGUGGAACCAGACAAUCUUUUUUUCCAAAAUAAGACUGAUCCCCAGAUGGUUCUCCUCAUGUCAGUUACCAUAGAAAAUAUGAGAAAAGGCACUGCCAGAAGAAAUCACUGUCAAAAUCCAAUAGACACAGAACAUUGGCCUCUUUCAAAUAUAUGGCUCAUCACAAAGGCUGGGAAGAUUGUAAGUCGAGCUGUGGCACAAGGCAGUCUGUCUGUUGGUCAUCCAAUCAGAGCUAUGAUGCAGGAUGGCAGACCUCUUGAGGGCUAUAAGUUAACCCUGCAGAAAAGAGACAAAAACAAUAUAUGUCAGUACUGGGAAUUUGGAAAUGAUGGUUCUAUCCAUUCUAAGGCUUACCCUGAGUUUGUCCUAACUUACCUAGAAGAGUUAAAUGUAAAAGAGAUGGUCCAGAUCAAAUGUCCAACACAUGAGGUCCAGUCUGUACUUCAUCAAAAGAUAGAUGACAACUCAGAAGACAUCCCUGUUCCACUGCAGAACCAGAGAGAGGUUUUAGAAAAUAGUGACCACAACAGUAAGGAGAAACAACUUUCCAGACCUUUGGACGCCCAUUUAAUGCCUAAAGGUACCUCAGGCGAGAAUUGCCAGCUGACAGUAGCAUUGGUGAGGAAACUAGAAGAGAAACAUCCUAAGGCCUCAGCUCAAAGAUGGGCAAUUAAACAUGAAGGAAUAAAUAAGCCCGGUCAAUGGAAACAAUCAAAAGUGGAGAAUCCUUUAUGGAAUAAAUUGACCUAUAUGUGGCCUGUACUUCCAAAUGGAGAAUUAAACCAGGCUUUUGACUGGCCCAUUGAAGGUCUGCUGAUUCCAAACAGCCCUCCACUAAAGAAGCCUGCUGGUCGGAAGCCAGAGAUCAACAUGCCUUUGAGACUGAAGGUUUUGAGAAAUGGCGAACCAAACAAAAACAAAGCCUUCUCUGUUCUUGGACCUGACUCUGCAUUUGUGAUAAGAAAACAGUGUACCACAGCACUGAAUUUGCCCUUUGCUGCAAGAAGGCUGUUCACUGAAAAAGGAGUGGAACUCUUUGUUCUGAAAGAUUUGGAGAAGGAUCAGCUGCUUUACAUAUCAUGUGGAGAGCAAUGGAUUGAUCCACUGUGGACUACAGCUCAACAUAAGAAACGUCUCCAAUGUAAUAAUUUAACAUCUGAUAUAAUGGCUAUGCGUGCAUAUUGUGUCAUGAGGAACCCAAAAAAUUUUGUUUUGCAAGUCAAGAAUAACAUUGUUGUUGGUGCUAAACUUUCUGUUGCAAGAGCUGUAGCGGAAUUUGAAGAAAAAAAAGAUGUUGAAGAGCCAGAGAAAGAAAAAUGUGAAAAAAACAUUGAAACAAUAAAAGAUGACACAGAUAAAUAUCUAAAUUCACACAUAAGGUCACAUCUUAAAACAGAAGCAUGUCAUAAGACUACAAAAUAUGCCUGGCAGCAAAUGUCCUGUGAUUUUGAUGAGGACUACAACAUUCAGAAAGAAAAAGAUGAGCAGUUUUUUGAAGAUGCAGAAUUAUAUAAAAAAUACAGGCAUCAGCCAAAAUUGGCUGAAGAAUUCCGGAAAGCCCAUCAUCAACAUUUUGAAUUUAAAAAUGGGAAGAUCAUCAACUGCAGUUUUCCAAAUCUUGUACUGGGUGUGGAGAAUACUGAUCUUCAUUCUGGUACUGAAGUGGUUUUGUUGGAAAAGAAGUGUGAUGAUGUCAAGCAACAUUGGAUAUGCAAAGAGGAAAGCAGCUCCUUUCAUCUUGCAAUUGAUCCAGAUCUAGUGCUCACUGUAUCAAUGCCCACUGUACUGAAAGGAUGUCCAAACUUUCCACUGGAAAUUCAAGGGUGUCCCAUUAUCCUUCAGAAAUACAAACCACAUAAUUAUGGAGCUGCCAACCAAAAAUGGAAUUUUACAGAAACAAAAGUUUUUAGUGCCUUUUAUACCACAAUGUUGGAUAUAGAAAUUACAGCAGCAAACUAUGCUUCUAUUUGCACAUUUACAGUAACCAAGACAGAAAAAAUUGACCAACCAGGCUACUAUUUCCUUUCACGCUGUGGAAAGAAAAAGAUAAUGAUAUGUUUGGCUUGUGGAAGGACCAUCAGAGGAAAGAAAGAACUGAAAAAAUUGCUCCCUGGUACUAUAUUUUCCUGUGCCUCUGGAUUCCAGGACAGAAAUAAUUUAUCCUUUUGUCCUUUUAAAUGCCUUGAUGUUAAUAAGAUUGAACUAUUCUCUGAUAAGGCUGAAUCCACCCUGCAUUAUUUUGAAGAAGUUCUAGCAUCCUUAAAGAAUGAAACCUCCUUGCAAGUCAUCUCAGAAAAGAUAUCUGCAGCUCUAGACCAAAAAACAGUAAAAAUAAUUGCAUACAAAAAUGGAGAAGGAUACCGAAAUGGGCAACUAAUUGUUGCUCACACAUUCCCAAAGUUGCUUUCAUUAUGUACAAGACGUCUUGAACUUAGCAGGACAGCUUGCAAGCUAUAUAACAGUGAAGGGACCCUGAUCCUCACACUGCAGGAUUUAGUCUUGUGUGCAGUAAAUGAUUACCUCAAAAAGCAAGAAACUGAAGAAAGAGAUGAAGAAGCCAUUUCUGAUGAUGGCCUUAAACAAAUCGCAUCUGUAUUUUCGAGGAAAGAUGAUAAGAACAUCAAUUUUACAUCAUCAGUGAUAACAUCAGAUAUUGAUCAUUUGGUGCUCAGCAACAUUCUUAGAAAUCCACUUGAGGUCUGGGUUUCCACUGGAGAACCUUUUCUACCUUUGGAUACUUUGCAAAACAUAGAAAGGCAAGAAAAACAGAGGUGGCUAGAAAAAGAUAAAAUUCUGGCAGACCUUAAUGCAAUGAAACAUAAAAUGAGACAACUACAAGGACGACGUAUAACAAAAUAUAAGGCUGCUGAUUUGGUGCCCACUAAGAGCCCUUUCCAGCCUGUGGUAGUAGAAGGAGGCUGGACAGAAGAAACUCAAGAAGAGAUGAAGCUCAUGGAAACUAUACAGCAUACAGAGAUGCAUCUCUCAGAGCUUGAAGCACUGCAUUUCCAAAGAAGUUCUCCCUUUUCUCCUAAAUUAUUUGCCAAAAAUGACAAUGGUCUCUACAAGCAGCCCACAACCAAAAGAGUGUGGGCUUACCCAAAUGGAAAUAUACCUGACAAGGGAGCACAUGCGUGGGGAAAAUCAAUGACAGAGCUACUUGACAGUUGUACAACUCAUCUAAAAAUGUCACAGCCUGCAAAGAUACUAUAUACACUUGAUGGACACCAGCUGCAAUCAUGGGAAGAAAUAGAAAGAGACAUGAUUGUUUGUGUUUCUACAGGACAUGCCUUUAUGAGUCAAAAAGCUGUAAAGCAUGAAAUAGAAAUUAGAGCUCAUUAUGCAAGAAUCCGGAAGCAGCAAGGUCCAGAAUCUACCACCAUUGUUGUUUUGCCAUCAACAAAAGUUAUAGAUAAGGUUGUAUCACAAUACAUUGUAUAUCAGUAA